AGUAUUUGAGAAUGGGGGAUUUUGGAUUUUACUUGGGGAGAAAAAAAAAAAGGUAAUGGAAAGGACAGAGUUGAGAGUGACUUAAAAAAGAAAGAAGGAAAUGAGCAUUGCCAAUAAUUCAGCCACGGGACGACAUUGUCUUGGGUUUCACCAGCGUCUGAGUCGCUGCCGCCGUAUUUCAGCCGCCGUAGCUUGGAGGGAGCGAGGGCGGAGGUGGGGUGGGGAGGUUUGUGAUUCCGCGGCGAUGGAUGGGUGCGUCGGAGGAAGUCAAGAACCUGGAGGCACCGUGGGAAUUAUUGAGACACGAAACUUUCCGGCGGUUCAGACGGCGGCUUUGGCGACGGAGAGACUGAGGAGAGGAGUGGCGGAGUUGAAAUCGGAGGCUCCGGCAUUCACCUCCGGGAUUAUUCGGCUCCAAGUUCCAAUCCAACAACGAAUUCAAGCAAUUGAUUGGCUUUCUUCUCAGCCCCAUCUUCUUCCUCGCACCUUCUUCUCCGGCAGAAGCAGACCCACUCAUUCUUCUGCCCACAACAUUUCCAAUGGUAGCCAUUCCUUCAACCACCACCACCACCUGCUCAGCGUCGCCGGUGUGGGCUCUGCCGUCGUCUUCCGCCGCCUUCAUUGCUUUUCCUAUAACGAUUGGGCGUCUAUCAAGAGGUUCCUGUCGAAAAAAUGUCCACUGAUUCGUGCUUAUGGAGUUAUUCGCUUUGAUUCACGGGCAAACAUAUCGCCUGAAUGGGAGCCCUUUGGAUCGUUUUACUUUAUGGUCCCUCAGGUCGAGUUUGAUGAGUUCGAAGAAAACUCAAUGCUUGCUGCUACUGUUGCUUGGGAUCAUGCCUGUUCUUGGACUUGGGAAAAUGCUAUUGAAUCUCUUCAAUCAACAAUCGAACAGGUUUCUUCUAAUAAUGUAAAUCUACAAAAAGAUCUUCCACAGAUACCCAUACUAAGCUACACUCACGUUCCCAGCAAAACAUUUUGGGAACGUGCAGUUGACAGGGCGUUGCAAGUGAUUGACGGAAGCAACUCAGAACUCACGAAGGUCGUACUUGCACGUAGUACCCAAAUAGUGACAGGUGUCGAUAUCGAUCCUGUUACAUGGGUCGCAUGUUUACAGAAAGAGGGAAACAACUCUUAUCAGUUUUGUGUCCAGCCAUCCAAUGCUCCUGCCUUCAUCGGAAAUACGCCCGAGCGCCUGUUCCAUAGAGAAGGACUUGGCAUUAAAAGUGACGCCUUAGCUGCAACCCGUGCAAGAGGCAGAACAGCUAUUGAAGAUAUUAAAAUAGAACAUGAUUUAUUUUCCAACCCCAAGGAGGACCUUGAGUUUUCCAUUGUGAGGGAAACCAUAAAAAAGAAAUUAGAGGCUGUAUGUGACGCAGUAGUCGUUGAACCAUAUAAAUCAGUGAGAAAACUUCCCAGAAUUCAACAUCUGUAUGCUCAGCUGACUGGCAGAUUGCGAAGCGAAGAAGAUGAGUUUGAAAUUUUAUCUACGCUUCAUCCAACUCCCGCGGUCUGUGGAUUGCCAACAGAGGAGGCUCGAGAUUUCAUUGCAGAAACUGAAGUAUUUGAUAGAGGGAUGUACGCAGGGCCUGUUGGUUGGUUUGGAGGAGGUGAGAGUGAGUUUGCCGUGGGCAUCAGAUCAGCAUUAGUGAAGAGAGGUCUUGGUGCCUUGAUCUAUGCGGGAACAGGGAUAGUGAAAGGAAGCAAUCCGUCUUCGGAGUGGGAUGAAUUGGAGCUCAAGAUAUCUCAGAUCUCUAGGUCGCUUGAACUAGAAGUGGUUCAUGCACCCAAUUGAUUACUGAAACAGCCAUCUGUGGAAUUAAGGUUUAGGAAGCCAUAAGUGACAGGGACUGGUUAGCCUCAACUUAUAAGCUCUGUUUAGGUCCCUUCUGUAGUGGCUCGAGUUGGCAAAUGGUUUGUUCAUUCUUCGUCCUGCUUUCCUUUGGCUGUUUUGAUCACCAGGCCACGUUCCUAAUGUAUAUUGUUCAGUUGCUGAUCUCUCUCUCUCUCUGCUUAUUUUUUUAAUAAAAAAAAGUGUAACCAAAUGUAGAUUCCGUAACUUACAUGAAUAGUAAUGAAAAGGAAUAAGCUUUGCAACCUUUCAUCCUAUAAGACAAUCAUGUAAGUAAAUCAUUUAAACUAAAACAGACAUUGUGAUAUAUAGAUUUUAGAGUGAAACCAGUCAUUUAACCA